AACUUAUUAUGAGAUUAGGUAGGAAACCAACAGCAUAAUGCCAAUAGUUUUUUUUGCUUCAAAGCUUGCCUAUUGUUUUGUUGUCUCUUGUGCUUCUGCUUCUGAUUUUAAUAACAAAGAGCAGUUAGUCUGGACAGCCUGAUAGCAUGAGGUUUUGCUAGACAAGACAAAGAGUGGAUUAAAAAUGGUAUAAGAAUGUAAUGUGGCAUACGUAUUUGUGUAUAGUGUUGUGUACCGGAUCCACGACUUAGCAUAUAUUAGCAUAAAAUAUUACACCGGCAAGAGUCCGGCAGUCUCCUGGUGACGAGCAGAGCAUACUGUUCGAAACGUCGAGUUAAACUAACUGGUUUGUUAUUUCUUUUUUCUUUUCUUUUUAAUUAGCUGAUGUGAUGGGGCUACGUCUUGCGGACGGGCGUUACCCAAACGAAGGUCGUGUAGAGGUCCUUCCACCAGGAGAAGACUCGUGGGGAACCUACUGCUCCAACGAGAACCCAUUCCUUAUUGGCCGCGUGGCGUGCCGUCAACUCGGCUUCCCCGCCCUCCUGUCGGCAACUGCAAGCGGGGAGUUUGGCAAGGCCACCGGUCCCAUCUGGUUCCAGCUGAUGAUAUGUGGCGAAUUGCAGGAGAUGAUGACUCUAGAUGAUUGCUUGAUGUUAGGAUGGGUUCCGUAUUACGAGGUGUGCGAUCACAGGUUCGAUGUAGGCCUCACCUGCUUCACAGGGAACCUCCGUUUAGUCGGAGGUCGACGGGAGAGUGAGGGAAGAGUGGAGCUUCACGUUGGGGGAGAUGAGUGGAUGCUGUUAUCAUCCCGAGGGGGGGCAAACUUUAUGUACUCCGACAGUGUCUGCCAGUACCUUGGGUACCAAUUCUCAGUUGGGGUGACACAAGAACCAGCGGUUAACAACAACCAGAAGAUACUGUGUUCCUUCUCUGCUUGCCCGAUUGAUGACGGAUCAAGGGGCUUCUUUCAAUGCCUGGAUGAGUUAAGUCUGCAUUUCUGCCCAGAUAAGAACAUCACCUUACUCGGAGCAGUCUGCGCGACAGAAAAUGAUAUACUUCCUUCUGACGCUAGCGUUGAGUAUCGUCUAGGCCAUACCAGUAACGGAUCCCAAUACAUGGGCAUAGUGGAAGCCAGAUACAAUGGGUCCACUUGGGCAACACUUUGUCUGCAAGUUGUCAACGAAUACCGGGCGGGAGUUGUUGCUGACCAAGCAUGCCGUAGUAUUGGGUAUCCCUGGGCUUACGUCUCAAAGCUGAUCCCAUACUCAGAGUCCCCUGGCUACGUCAGCACCGGAGAGGAGCUGAUUAUGAGGGAAAUUUUCUUGGGUUCAUCUCUUGGUAAAGUACGAUGGGUACGAGGCCAGAACGCUUGCCAGCGUCAUCAAUAUGAACUUCUUCACGUCGAAUGUGAAACAGGUAUGGACUAG